AUGGAUGCCAGUUAUGUUCCCAACAAUCCUCAGUUCGGACUUCAACUAGAGUGUAACUGGGGUGGCAGUUCUUCCGGCUUACAACAGAAUCAAGCUUCGCUUGUAUUUAGAGAACAAAAGCAACCAGGACCCGACGUAACGGACGUUUUGCUUUCAUUAAAACACGCGGUUGUUCAUUCCGGCCAAAGUCCUAAUGAAAAAUAUGAAACGCAACAUGUUUAUCAUCCACAGAUGCUUCUUUCACCUGGCGGAUAUUCUAGUGGUGGUUUUGAGCAAGCUUUGACUCACCAAACCUCAAUGUUUCCUAGUAUGUCAGUGAACGUUUCAAUGAAUAUGACUAUGCAUGGAUAUCAUCCGAAUAACAACUGCAGUUAUUCUUCUACAGAUAUAUCUUGUCCACAGUUACAGUGGAACUCGACACCUCAGGGAACUUCGCAAACUUACCAGGGCCAAGGAUUAUUAAGUCCUUCAUAUGGAGGAGCUACAUAUUCCUUUACAGCUGACUUCCGACCACCUCAGGAGAUGCCCAUUACCAAUUCACCUUACAAAUCAAUGCCUAUUAGUUUCUCUUCAAACCGCAGAAGGCCAAAUGUUAAUUUUAUUGAUGGGGACUGUCUAAAACCAAAUGUAUGCCGCAUUUGUGGUCGUUUGCAUCCAAUGAAACUUGGAGAGAAACUACUUUCAUUAUCCAAUUAUGAUAAAAAUAUUAUAGAAAUUGUUAGUGUAGGUAAAAACCGUAUCAAAAUCCAAGUAGAUUCAGGUGCUGUAGCUAAUAACUUAUUUAAUGAAAUUACAGAAAAAACGACAGUUUUGCAUAUAAUCGACGGAGGGUACUUAUUACAACAUUACGUAUGGGGUUUGCUUUCUAAAGUAGCUGAAAUUCUCGGAGGAUAUGUGUCUUACGUACAAAGACUUUAUGCUAAAAACAGUAUUAUCGUUUUCGAUGGAUACGACACUCCUGGAAUAAAAAGUUGUGAACGACUACGUCGAAAUAUGGAGGGUGUAUCUGCACCGGAAAUUAAAUAA